AUGGCUAUCAUGCCUGAAGGUGGGCCAGAUGGCAUUACUCCAACUGAGAUCGUUGCGAACAAUCCUCCCGAAGAAAUAAGUUCAAGUGAUCCGGCUACCGAUGACUCUGAAAAGGCACAGCAGAACCAAGCUACCUCAAGAAAAGAAAAGGAGAAGUCGGAAACAGGAGAUGACAUCGAGGUUGCAUCUCAGCACGAUUCCGUUUUGCAGGAUGCUGCCAAAGUAUACGUGCCCGCUGAUAACGAGGAGUUCAUCGAUCCGCGUCUAAAAGACUAUCCAGUCAAGCUUGUCGCCAAGACAGUCGAUCUACACAACAAUUUCGACGAGCCAAUCUUGACUUUUCGCUUCUGGGUUUUGUCUACAUUCUGGGUUGUAUGCGGCUGUGGAAUCUCGAGUAUGUACUAUUUCAAGCCCUACUCGGCCAUCCUUACCAGCUACGCCGUCCAGUUACUCUCGUGGGGUAUGGGGGAUGCCAUGGCCAAGUACAUUCCGGACUGGGGCUUCAAAAUCCGCGGUAAACGAUUUAGCCUCAACCCUGGUCCUUGGAAUGCCAAAGAACAUGGCUUGAUAGUCGUGGCGUAUUGGGGAAGUUGUUAUACUGCCUGGGGCCUCGGUCCCCUAUCUGCUCUCGAGAUGCACUACGGCCGUAGGAUAAAUGCUGGUUGGGGUCUGGCUGGCAUCUUCCGCGAUAUCCUCGUCCGUCCCCCAAAGCUAUUUUAUCCAUCUACCCUUCCGAACGUGGCUCUAUUCAAUGCCAUGCACAAGAACCCAUCUGUUACGAGAAAGUCACUUAGGUUCUUUACAUAUGUGGCCGUCAUUACUUUUAUGUGGCAAUGGGUACCCGGGGUCAUGUUCCCCAUGCUCGGCUCCCUCCCGUUGCUUUGCUAUAUGGCACAUGGACAGUGGAAGGGAUGGGCCAUGGGCUCAGGCUAUUACGGGUUUGGAAUGUUGGACAUAACACUUGAUUGGAACUAUGCUAGCUUCUUUUCACCUCUUUACACUCCAUUAUGGUCUACUGCCUCACAGGUCCUGGGCGCUGUCUUGACCUGCUGGUUCAUAUAUCCCAUCAUGUACUUUGGCAACUCCCUCGACGCCCUGAACUACCCGCCCAUGUCAUCAGGAACAUUUGACACCACAGGCGCCCGGUACAACGUCAGUCGCGUUCUCAACAGUGACUAUACGCUUGACCAAGCCGCUAUGGAUGCCUACUCAGAGCCUCGCUGGUCGCCCUCUUACGCUAUGUAUUUCUUCUGGGGUUUCGCCGCCUCAGCCGGCGCUCUCCUCUACGCUAUCCUUUGGUACGGCAAGGAAUCCUACAUCGCAGUCAAGGAUUCAUGGAAGGGCAGGGAUAAUGACUACAACGACCCGUACCUCCGCCUCAUGAGCCGCUGCCCGAGGGUGCCGCACUGGUGGUACCUGACAUUGCUGGCUGUUUGCUUCGCCCUCUCUCUGGGCACUAUAUACGGCGCCGGGUUGGGUCUCCCGUGGUGGGGUUUUGUUCUGAUCGUCGUAGUCUCGACCAUCUGCACUUUCCCCAACGGUAUUCUAUGGGGUGUGGCCAACAUCCAGGUCGGCAUGGCCUUUCUCUCCGAGCUUCUCGCCGGAGCCCUGUUUCCGGGGAAUCCGAGCGCAGUCCUGACGUGCAUGGUGUACGGCAGGCAGAUUCUUUCCCAGAACCUCAACCUCAUCUCCGACUACAAGUUCGGUUUCUACAUGAAGAUCCCCGAAAAGGAAAUGUUCAUCGGCCAAGUCUGGGGCACACUAUUGGGCCCGUUUAUCAACUACGGAGUCAUGCGCGUCGUCAUAGACCAGAUCGGCGUCGAUGUUCUCACCGGCGUGGUCAAGUCCGAUUCCUGGCUUGCUCUGAAGACGCGCAACUUUUAUAGUCUAUCCGUCCUCUGGGGUAUCCUGGGCCCCAAGGUGUUCUUCUCCAGCGAAUCCGACUAUGCCUGGAUCUACUGGGCCUUCCUAAUCGGCCCGGCCCUGGUCCUCAUGGUAUACAUGGUCCACCGCUGGCGCCCGUCGUGGGAUAUGGAAAAGAUAUGCAAUCCCGUCGUAAUAAUGCACGGCGCAACCUGGUUCCCUGUCUACCAGACCACAAACCUCAUGACCUCGGCCCUUGUCGCCUUUUUCUUCAUGGGCUACAUGUUCCGCUACCGCCCAGUCUGGUUCCGAAAGUACAACUACCUGCUGGGCGUCGGCCUCGACUGCGGUACUCAGCUCUGCCAGACCGUCAUUAUGCUAGGGCUCGACCUUUCGGGCUCCGAAUUCCCCAAUUGGUGGGGCAAGGAUCUCGAAUACGUAGAACGUUGCUUCCCACCGGCUGAUUUACCCCCGAAUGCUCUGAAUUGAGUACACAAGCACACUGGCAACUGAAGGGAAAAGCUGAUGACCUUUGCCGUGCCCUUUUCCCUGUGUCCUUGAUUACGACUGUCUUCGCCGCCAUGGCCGCCGCGGUGCAAACCUCAGCCCACCAAGCUCGUUCUCUGCUAUCCAACGACGUGUCCUGGAGUCCUGGAACUAAACAAAAGUUCCUUUUCAUAGGGACGACAUUCCUCUUCGAACCUGCAAAGCCCAAACGCUCAUGAUUGCGUUGGGUGCCCCCAAACCGUGUGCUUGUGCGAAGGGGGGGAAUAUGGUUUUCGGAUAUGGAAAACAAAAUAGUGGUCAGUUGUAGGGAAAUUCCCAUUGCUCGUUUUCUUUUUAAAACCUCUGGUGUACUGUGACAGGUCAAUUGUGAAAGGAGGGCGUGUGCAAAUGUCAGCUUGAUACAGAAAACCCUUUUUCUUCUUCUUCUUUUUUUUCAAAUAGCAAAAGUAGCAGCAUA